AUGGUCGACAGUCACACUUCACUCCAACCUCGCGUCACUCGCGAGCACAUCGAGAUGGGCGACUCGGACAGUACAAGGACGUCCUCGAGGCAGAGGCUGCUGGAGUCUCAGCAAGAGGACUCUCCAGCAAGACUCGUCGGCAUGGCCCGGCACACUCUGGGAUUGAUUCUCCUCCUCUGUGUCGUGUUUCUCUGGACUCUGUCCAACUUCUUGGGAAGUAGCAUAUUCGCCGACAACACAUACGCGAAACCUUUCUUCUUGACCUAUCUCAAUACAUCCAUGUUCAUGCUGGCCAUGAUACCCACGCUCCUGCGAUCCGCAAACCGAAGCCGACAAAGGCAUCGGCACCUGUACAGUACCAUUCGAUCGGCGCUUACUAGAAGAGAGAGCUAUAGACCUUUGUUCAACAGCGGCACACCAGACCCGGAAGACUCAGAGUCGGAGAGGUUUAUUGAACCGAUUAAGUCAGUCACAGAUCAAGAGCCAGAGGUGGCCGAAAAGGAUAAACACCUGGGGAUAAUUGCGACCGCUCGCCUCUCUCUUGCUUUCUGCUUCCUUUGGUUUGGUGCAAACUACUUCGCCAUGGCGUGCCUGCAAUAUACAACGGUGGCGUCGACCACCAUUCUAACCUCGACGUCCAGUUUCUGGACUUUACUUAUCGGCGCCCUUACCGGCACGGAGAAGUUCACGUGGCGGAAAUUCUGUGGCGUCCUAGGAUCUUUGGUAGGCAUCAUGCUCAUCUCACGCGUCGACCUUACCAAGAGCGCGGACGACGAAAUUCCCCUUCCGCCAGAUGACCAGUUUCCCGACAAACCGCCAUCAGAGCUUGCCCUGGGCGAUGCCCUGGCUCUUUUAUCCGCCAUCAUCUACGGCGUGUAUACCAUCACACUAAAAAAGUCAACCAUGAAGGCGUCGCCACGCUCUCUUAACAUGCCUUUGUUUUUCGGUCUGGUCGGAACGUUCAACUUGGUCUUGCUGUUUCCUAUGUUCCUCGUCCUUCAUUAUACGGGGUUAGAGCGGUUUGAACUGCCGCCUUCGCGUUGGAUUUGGACCAUACUGUUGACAAACAGCAUCAGCAGUCUGUUUAGCGACAUUUGCUGGGCUUAUGCUAUGGUGCUCACGAGUCCUCUACUGGUCACGGUUGGGCUGAGUCUGACGAUCCCGCUCAGCCUGGUCGGGGAGAUGGUACUACAGGGACACUAUGAAGGCUGGCUUUAUUGGGUUGGAGCGUUGGUUGUGGUCGGGAGUUUCCUGUUUGUUGACCACGAGGAGAGAGAAGAGGAGGCAGAAGGUGCAAUUGGACCAGCGCUUCCCUUGCAGGACGACGACGACGACAGCGGGGAUCAUACACUUCGAACACAGCAUGCGAAUAUCGCCUCUGCAAGCGAUGGAGCGACGCUCAGGAUGUCCUCUGAUGGCCAACUUACUCGCCUACAGUCGUCUGGAGGACAGAGAAAGCAAGGCCGAAGAAACUUUUGGGACAUGUUCCGAUCAGGGGACGGCGACCGCCGGGCGUCUGGUGCUGAUGAGGACUUUGUGAAUCGUCGAGAUAUAGAUUGA